GGAGUUGUCAGUAGUCGCUAGACAUCUGAAACGCGUGGAUAUUAAUUGACUUGCUUUUCGCUUUACUAAUUAACCAAAAUGAAACUGAUUCCGAUCUGUGUUCUAUUUGUGGCAGUGACGGUGACGGUGGCGUUGCCCGUUGAUAACGAUGAUCCUAUCGUGAAUGAUUCAAAUGUCGAGUACAAUGGCAAAUUCCACACCCACGUCGAGCUGCGCGAUGGCUCAACAUCAACGCAAGAAGGCGAACUGCGGGAAAUACAUGAAAAUCAAUACGGAGAAGCGAUCAAGGGACAUUUCUCGUUCGUUGGCGACGAUGGUCAAACUUAUGCCGUCACCUACACAGCCGAUGAGAAUGGAUUCCGUGCCGUUGGCGAUCAUUUGCCAACACCGCCGCCAACACCAGAAUCGGUGCUGAAAACGCUGGAGUAUCUGCGAACACAUGCCCAGAAGACGAUCGAGCAAGAUCAUUAGACGAAGUGAAGCAAGUCAACCAUAUAUGUGAUUAUUAAUACAAAUUCAAUCAACUGUGAACCAAAAGAACUGAACGAGUCAAGUUAAUUAUAAUGAUUAACAAAAUAUACACAAAAUUAGCAAAUUCAA